AGAAGAAGAAGAGCAGGAAGAAGCGCAGAAUAAACGGGUUACGGAAUCUGGUGUAGCUCGACCUGCUCGUCCGCAUCAGUUAGCGCCAUGGCGGCUGUGCGCAGUUUGCGGGCGUCGGUGAAAUCAGAUAGCAGCUCGGACCGCUCGGACUCGGACUCUGACUCCGAAUCGGACCGGGAUGUCCGCGAAGCCGAACCGAUGGAGGUGGAGGAGGGGGAGCUGGAGGCGGAGGACGUCUCGGUGAACCGCUCGCUGAAAGAGCUGCUGCCGGACACCAGCCGGAGGUACGAGAACAAAGCUGGAGCCUUCAUCACAGGGAUAGAUGUCAACUCUAAGGAAGCUCUAGAAAAGAAGGAGAAGCGAGCGAGACGUUUUCAUUUCCGCUGCGAGGACACUGUCUGUCAGAGGACUGUCUUCCUGGACAAAGACGCUUUGAGUAAAGCCAUCCCCAAACUGCGCAUGGAAGCAAUCCACGUGACGGGCGUGGACGACAUGAGCACCCAGGAUGUCUUCGGCUACUUCGCGGAGUAUCCGCCUGCGCACAUCGAGUGGAUCAACGACACUUCCUGCAACGUGGUCUGGCUGGACAACGACACCUGCAUCAGAGCGCUCAUCAACACCAGCCGGAUGGCUGAGCCUGAGCUCGUUACCACGGCAACAGAGUCCCACGAGCAGAGCCAAGAUCGCCAAGCUCAAGGCUCAGAUGACGAUGAUGAAGAGGAGGGAGAGGUGGAUGAAGAGGAGGAGGAGGAGGAGUCAGUGAAGAAGAGCAGAGAUGAAGAGGCGGAGCCACUGAAGAAGGAAGGCAGCGGCCAAGUAGAUCAGAGGAUGGAGCUGUCUGAAGCUGAACGAGAGUCUCUGCUGAGGAACGACCUGCGACCCGUCAUCAAACCGUUCAGAGGAAACAAACUGCUGCUGCGCUUCGCCACGCAAGAUGAUAAGAAGGAGCUGGGAGCGGCCCGGCGCAGCAGAUACUACAUGAAGUACGGAAACCCAAAUUACGGCGGCAUGAAGGGUAUCCUCAGCAACUCCUGGAAGAGGAGGUAUCACAACCGCCGCAUCCAGAGGGACGUCCUCAAGAGCAAGAAGCCCCUGAUCGGAGACAGCAUGGGACACACCCCACCGUACACGCACCGACACUCGGCUGAUCUGGUCAACCUGCCCGAGGAGCCUAUCAAGGAGGAGGAGGAGGACGAAGAGGAUGACGAUGACAGAGACGAGGACAUGGACUCAGACGACAGGGUAGUGGAAUACAAGGACAGAGGCAGCGGCUCGCGGUUGGCAAGGGCGGGGCUUCAGAGCCGGACGGAGCGUUCUCCGUCUCCAUGGUCAGAGUCAGACGAGAUGGAUUAUGACCUGGAGCUGAAGAUGAUCUCUACACCUUCACCCAAGAAGAGCAAGAAGAUGACGAUGUACGCCGACGAGCUAGAAACUCACCUGAAGAGCAUCCGAAACCGGAUUGGUGAGUCGGGAUCACAGACCACAACCAAGUCUUUGUCGCCCCCUAAGGUGACGGAUGUUCGGCAGCUGCUGGAGGAGAAGCGACAGGGUCAGUCUCAGCAGAGACAGCGCUCACCUGUGGCCAACAGUGGGAAGACAGGUGAGCCGACGGAUCCAGAUGUCCGGCAGCGACUUGGAAAGAGACGGUACUCUCCAGACAGACGGCAUUCCCCCUCUCCUGUCUCCUCCCAGGACACGCCUCCAGCCAGAGAGCCAAUCAGCAGUGUGCACCGCAGACUGGGCGUGGCCAGUCAGGACAACAGGGUCGUCUACUCAAAGUCCUCCAAAGACAGAAAGACGAGCGGUCUCUGGAGUCGACUGGGCUCAGGCGGCAGUGCUGACGAUGACGGCGCCACCAGACGUCAUGACCGCAGGGUGGGGAAGCGCUCUGAGGGGCUCUUCUCCUCCUCCUCCUCCUCAUCCUCCUCAGGAGGAGGCAGGAAGAGACGAGGCGAUGGCAAGGAGGAGGAGGAGGAAGAGGAGGACGACACGACGCUACAGAAGGUGUGGGGCGCCAUCAUCAAACAGAAACAGGACCGUCUGACCCACAAGCUGAAGAAGAGUCGGUUGGACAACCUGCCGUCGCUGCAGAUCGAGAUCAGCCGUGACAGCAGCGACGACUCAGAUGCCUAAGUCUCCCACGGUCUCCUGCGCAGCUCCUCCCCUCCUUACCGCACUGUCAGGAUAGAGCAGAGCAUCAUGGGAAAUGGUUGCUCUGCUUCUUCAUCCAUCAUUCCUGAGUGGAGGGGCUGGACUCCACCGUAAACAUGACAUCUGCCCCCACCAGCUGCUGAUGCCCGCUGGCGCCGAGUGUGGAGGAACGCCGUCCGAUUUAAAAUGUUGUCGAUCCGUUCUAUGUCUGCGCUCCUCAGAACUUAUAUCCUGGAACAGACUC